AAGAAUGUUCUGUGUGCGGAGGUGCAUCAGACCCACUCUUCAGCAGCUCGCUAAAGCACGUGGGAUCAGCUCGUCCUGUAUAGACCCGAACAUUGGCUUGACAACCGACCAGAUCGAAUACAGAGAUGCCGCCCUGAACUUUGCCAAGACAGAACUAGCUCCUUACAUGCAGAUUUGGGACCUUUCGGAAGAGUUCCCGAUAGAAACUAUCAAGAAGAGCGCUGAGUUAGGAUUUGGUGGACUGUUUGUUUCUCCCGACUAUGGAGGAUUAUCGUUACCAAGACACGACGGGAGUGUAAUAUUUGAGGCCCUUAGUCAGGGGUGUGUGACCACUGCUUCUUACAUCACUAUUCACAAUAUGGUGAACGCUAUGAUAGACACAUUCGGAACGGAGGAUCAGAGAGCGAAAUACUGUUCUGAGUUGAGUACAAUGGAGAAGUUAGCGUCUUACUGUCUCACUGAACCGGGUUCCGGGAGUGAUGCUGCUGCUCUGGUUACUCGAGCUACUACUGACGGAUCCAAAUACAUAGUGAACGGAUCAAAAGCGUUUAUAUCGGGUGCUGGAGUUACAGAUUUGCUUGUUGUCAUGCUGAGGACGGGAGGGAAAGGCCCUAAAGGGGUGUCAGCUCUUAUAAUUGACACGGCCACUCCUGGGAUAUCAUACGGACAGAAAGAAAAGAAGAUAGGGUGGAACAAUCAGCCAACUUGUGUUGUAAACUUUGACGAUGUAGAGGUACCGUGUGAAAACUUACUGGGAGCGGAGGGACAGGGCUUCAACCUUGCUAUGCAUGGUUUAAACGGGGGCCGCAUCAACAUUGCUUCCUGCAGUCUAGGUGCAGCACAGCAGUGUUUAGAAGAUGUUUUACACUACACUAACGACCGCAAAGCUUUCAACCAGCCUCUCAACGCUAACCAACACGUUCAGUUUAAACUGGCGGAGAUGGCCACCGAGCUCACCACCGCGCGGCUCAUUGUUAGACAGGCAGCUAAAUCUCUGGACUCGAAGGAACCCAACGCAGUAGCCUUGUGCGCUAUGUGUAAGCUGUACGCUACAGAGCGACUUUUCAAGGUGUGUGAUGACGCUUUACAGCUGCACGGUGGUUACGGUUACCUGAAGUCCUAUCCGGUUCAGCAGUUCUGGAGGGACUCUCGCGUACACAGAAUAUUGGAAGGAACAAGCGAGGUUAUGCACAUGCUGGUAGCUAGAGACCUCCUCAAACAUCUCUAAUGAUCAGAUCCUCAUUUACCUGUGACCCAUGUGACCAUUGUGUGACCUGUCCUCUGCUCGUCAAUUAAUAGGAAAAAUAAGAAUAGCUCUGAACUCUUCUUUUGCUCCCGAAAAUCACAAAUUUUUCAAUAAAAAACUUAGGUGAUUUUCUAUUUUCGUUAACUCUAGUUGUAAGUUUGAUCAUGCUUUCGAUUCAUCAGAUAGGUUAGUAGAGAAAAUUAUAAAAUGUAAAUAUUGAUAUGCUUUGUUAAUACGUUUCGGUUUAUGUUGAUUAUUGCUAUAAUAACAUUGUUGUUUAAUACGCACAUUUAUAUAGAUGCGUGUUAAGUUGGUCAUCUGUUUAAUCAAAAUGAAUGCGAAACUGGUUCCUCCUAUCCAACACCUGCUGAGAAAAUUUUUACAAUAUGAUUUUCUUUGUUUGGUCAAUAAAAUUACAUUGACAAUCAUCUAUGCUCAAUAUACUGAAAAUAUGAAGGGUUUUUACGCUUAUCUAAAUUAUUAAGCUUUCUGUCAGUUUUUACGUAACUUUAUCUUAUAUUUAUUUAGAUUUUGUUUCUACAAUUAAUAAUAAAAAUGUUUUAUUUUGAUU